GCUUCUGCCCGUAAUCAGUGAGCAACACACGAGUUCCCCUAAGCGCAAAUCGUUUCUGCAAAGAUGAAAUUCUUCGUCGUCAUUGCUCUGGCUUUGGUAGCCGCAGUUGCCGCCCAGGAUAAGUACACCACCAAGUACGACGGUGUCGAUCUGGAUGAGAUCCUGAAGUCCGACCGCCUGUUCAACAACUACUACAAGUGUCUGCUGGAUCAGGGCCGGUGCACCCCGGACGGCAAUGAGCUGAAGCGCAUCCUGCCCGACGCACUGAAGACGGACUGUGCCAAGUGCAGCGAGAAGCAGAAGAGCGGCACCGAGAAGGUGAUCAACUAUCUGAUUGACAACCGCAAAGACCAGUGGGAGAACCUGCAGAAGAAGUACGACCCGGAGAAC